UCUAGAAAAGGCAACACACAGUCACCUUGCUUCUCUGAGGUGGGGGAGCUCUGAGAGGACGUGUCUGAGAGUGUUCUCCUCUGUCUGCCCGUCCAUCCGACAUGGAACCAAAGCGGAUCAGGGAGGGCUACCUUGUGAAGAGGGGGAGUGUGUUCAACACCUGGAAACCUAUGUGGGUUGUAUUAUUAGAAGAUGGAAUUGAAUUCUAUAAGAAGAAAAGUGACAACAGCCCCAAAGGAAUGAUUCCCUUGAAAGGAAGCACUCUGACUAGCCCUUGUCAGGACUUUGGCAAAAGAAUGUUUGUGUUUAAGAUCACUACGACCAAACAGCAGGACCACUUCUUCCAGGCAGCCUUUCUGGAGGAGAGAGAUGCCUGGGUUCGGGACACCAAGAAAGCCAUUAAAUGUAUUGAAGGAGGCCAGAAGUUUGCAAGGAAAUCCACCAGGAGGUCCAUUCGACUGCCAGAAACCAUUGACUUAAGUGCCUUGUAUUUGUCCAUGAAAGACACCGAAAAAGGAGUAAAAGAACUGAACCUCGAGAAGGAUAAGAAGAUUUUUAAUCACUGUUUCACAGGUACCUGCGUCAUCGACUGGCUGGUAUCUAACAAGUCCAUUCGGAAUCGCCAGGAAGGUCUCAUGAUUGCCUCCUCGCUGCUCAAUGAAGGGUACCUGCAGCCUGCGGGAGACUUGUCUAAGACUGCAGUGGAUAGCGCCUCUGAAAACCCUUUCCUGGACAACCCUGACGCCUUCUACUACUUUCCAGACAGUGGGUUUUUCUGUGAAGAGAAUUCCAGUGAUGAUGACGUGAUUCUGAAAGAAGAAUUCAGAGGAGUCAUUAUCAAGCAGGGGUGUUUACUCAAGCAGGGGCAUAGGAGGAAAAACUGGAAAGUGAGAAAGUUCGUACUGAGAGAAGACCCUGCAUAUCUGCACUACUAUGACCCUGCGGGGGGGGAAGAGCCCCUGGGAGCUAUUCGCCUGAGAGGAUGUGUGGUGACUUCAGUGGAGAGCAACCCAGAUGGCAAGAAGAGUGACGAAGAGAACCUUUUUGAGAUCAUCACGGCUGAUGAGGUGCACUAUUUCUUGCAAGCGGCCACCCCCAAGGAGCGCACUGAGUGGAUCAAAGCCAUCCAGGUGGUCUCCCGGACUGGGAAGUGAGGACAUGCCUGCAGCUUCUCCUUACCCUCCUGAGGGAACCCCACAGUUAUGCUCGCUCCAGCAGCUGUCCACUUCAGGGAUGAAUCCACAAGAAAAGGCCCAGGGGUGGGAAGUUGUCUUCUGCAGGGGAUUCUGAAUGUAAUUAACCACGUGCUCGUUGUUCACCUGCACAGCAUUGCUCACUGAACCUCUUUGCCCCUUCCCGUGUGCCCCCAGCAGGUAAAGCAGCCUGUGUGAUCUGGGUGGGCUGCUUUCCCUCUCCGGGACUAAAGAACCUCUUCUGGAAAAGGCAGUUGAGCUAGGAGAUCUCUGAGGUCCUUCCUACUUAGGAGACAAAAUGCCCUGUGAUUCUAAUACCCAUGGAGGUUAAGGUGCCUCUAGCUGUCCUGAUGGGGCCCUUCUUUAGUUAACUUUUGGCCUUCACCUGUCUCCACCUGUGCCAGAGCACAUUUUCAGUUUUAUCACAGUACUGACUAGUUUAUUGUCUUUCGAUUUUCCAGAGGCUGUAACUCAGCCCUUGAUACAAACCAGUUCAGGCUCUACUGGUGGUACUGGUGGUGGGUCUCUUGCCUUUAAAACAAUGUUGCAAAUCUGUUCUAAGAGUAUUAGGCAGAAACCUCUUUUGCCCUCUUUAGCCAUCUUCCACUUCCUCUUGGCCACAACAUCAAGUAACAAAAUGAAGGAGAGCUCUCUUCUUCCUCAUCCUACCCAGAAACUUCCUGAGAACAGGCACCGAAGUGAUGGUUUUUAGGUUUCAGCUUUUGGUCACUUACUUCAGCUAGAAAAGUCAUGUCUUCUGAGAAACAGACUUGAGGAAGCCAGAAGUAGCGAGGGUCCUUUUCCGUGCCUAGAAGCCACUGAGGGUGCCACAUAUUCCACUUCCAUUGAGGCUGACCUGAGAAGGGUCUCUCUUUGUCCCUUUUGGGAGCACUUCUCUACAGUUUAUUAUCAUUAAGAGAAGGGGCCUCAAAUAUGCGAGGUUCUGUUUUAUUUGAGUGUUUAGGAAAAAAAAAAAAAAAACUAGCUGGGUUCUUUCCAUGGGCAAGGGGCCUAGGCAGCUGCCUGGCUAAUGUGUCCUUGAGCUCUAGAGGUUGGAGGACUAAAUUGCAGGUCAGCUGACUGAAUGAGGGGUUUAUACAAAGACAGUGCUGAAAGGACUGUAGACAGAGCUUGUGGUGGUGGCUGUCAGCCUAUGGAGCGCCUUCAACUCUCCAGUUAAUGAUAUUGUGGUCUGUGCCUAAGCUUUUAAGUACAAGCUGUAGCAACUCCUUCUUGGCCUCUGAGGGGCCCACAGCCCCAUUGUCAGCCACAGUGAUCUGACCUAGAUUCAAAUUCAGGACUGGUUUCCCAUUGUUGACCUUAUCCACUUACUAGUGAUUCUUCUCCAACAGUGAGGAAGACAGCAUCCAUAGAACCAGUUAUGUGUGUGAAGGUAUAUUUUUCAACUCUAGGUUUUAAAUUUUAAGGCUGCAGUGAGGAAAAACAGGUAAACCACUUACCAAUGAGUCAGCUCCAACUCAUGGUGACCAUGUGUGCGUCAGAGUAGAACUACGCUCCAUAGGGUUUUCAAGGCUGUGAUCUUUUGGAAGUAGAUUGCCAGGCUUUUCUUUUGAGCCUCCUCUGAGUGGAUUUGAACCUCCAACCAUUUGGUUAAUAGCUGAGUGCUUAACCGUUUGAAUCAUCCAGGGACAAAAUUGCUUCUGAUUUUGCUGGCUCUUCUCUCUUCCUCCCCCAGUUCCGCACAACAUUCCUGAGGCUACUCCUACUUAUUCCCAGAGUGUCAUAUUAGUGGUCUUGAGAUACAGGACUACCUUUUUAAAUUUUUUUCCUGGUUAUUUCAUAAAUUGUGUUCUUAUAACAUGCACACUAUUUUCCUACAAUCGGUGUUAAAAGUAUUUAUUAAUAUGGAGUCAACUUUAUGUUUUGAAAUAAACAUGACUGUUUUUGGUGUCUGUUGGA